GGGCAGUUCAUCCAUGACACAAACACUCUGCAACUGCUGCAGCUUCGUCCUGUGACUCCAACACUGACACGUUCAGCGGCUUUGUGAUGUCAGAAGGAUGGACACAUAUAAUGACAUGGAUGAGGACGAACUUCUGGACCACAAUGUUCAGAUGAUAAUUCAGGAGUCUUGUCAGAGAGAACACCUGGAAGGGUGUUCAGGGAGGAGUGAAAGAUUGAAGCUUGUGGAGGCCAUCAAACAAGGUGACAUGUUAGCCCUGCAGGAGCUCUGUGAUUUCCCAGCAGCUUUCCAACAGGUGGAUGAGCAAGGCUGGUAUCCUCUUCAUAGGGCAGCAGUCCAACCUCUUGUCCCCGUCCUGGAGAUGGUGCUGUACGCGUCUUUCAGUCUGACUCUGGAGGAAAAGACUCUGGAUGGCGAGACCUUCCUGACUUCAGCAGUGAAAGCAGGUUUGGUGGAAAAUGUCAAGACUCUGCUGGACCAUGGAGCUUCACCCCACACAACCAACAGCAAAAACGAAUCUCCUCUACUAUUAGCAGUCAGAGCCGGAUCCCUUCAGAUAGUUUCCACAUUGAUAGCUGCGGGAGCUCAGGUGGGACAGGUGUGUCUAAAGAAGUGGACGGCCAUGCACGAGGCCUCCAGGGCCGGCUGUGUUCGCGUAAUGGAGCUCUUGCUGCAGAACCGAGGUCAGGUGACAGAGGCGGACCAGUAUGGAGUGACUCCUCUAGGCACCGCUGCAGAGUACAGCCACCCCGAAGUCCUGGAACUGCUCAUUAAACACGGUGCUGAUGUAAAUGCUCAGGCGCCCAAUGGCGACAGUGUCCUGUAUGAUGCUGCAGGUUCAGGGAAUCCAGACUGCAUCGACAUCCUGCUGCAGCACGGAGCGAAUCCCAACAUUAACAACCUGAGCUCCCAGCUCCCCAUCCACAAAGCAGCGUACGAAGGACAUUACCUAGCUUUGAGGAUUUUGAUCCCAAUCACCACUCGACGGGCCCUGCGUCUUUCCGGCCACAGCCCCGUUCACUCUGCUGCUGAUGGAGGCCACGCCCACUGCCUGGAGCUCCUGCUGCAGAAAGGCUUUGAUGUUAAUUCACUCUUAGCCCCUCACAUCUCAGAAAACUACGGCGACAUGAGGAGGAGCCCGCUCUACUUUGCUGUCUCCAAUGGUGAUGCCACAUGUACAGAGCUGUUGCUGAAGUCAGGGGCCAACCCGGACCUGGAUCCUCUGCGCUGCCUCCUUGUGGCUGUCAGGUCAGGCCGCUACGAGAUUGUGAAGUUGCUGCUGGCGGCUGAAGCAGAUGUGAACUGCUACUUCACAGUGGUGAACGAUACGGUGUUUCCCACGGCGCUGCAGUACUGCAUGAAGGACGAGGUCAUGAUGAGGCUGCUACUGAACAACGGUUACAAUGCAGCGAGAUGCUUCUGCUGUAACCAUGAUGAUGACUGGAGUGACCUGAGCGAAUCUGAGUGCUCACAGCAACAGGUGGAAAAAGUUUCAUUUUGUGAUUUUGUCAGCGUCUCCUGGCUGGUGAACCUGGUGGGCAGAGUAGUGUCGAUCCUCCUCGACUACGUUGGCCAGGUUUCACUGUGCGGCAAAUUGACAAAGAUGCUGAAGAAACACAAGGAGUGGCCUCACAUUCGCAGGAUCACCAGUAACCCUCGCCCACUGGCCCAGCUGAGCAGAGUGGUGAUCAGGAAACAUCUGAACUGCAGCGGUCUGAAGUCCAUCCAGCUGCCCAACAGACUGAGGGACUUCCUGCUGUUCAAAGAGAACGACCUGUACUCCAAAAUAAUAUGUGGGGAGGACUGAGGGGGGAAGAUUUCUCUUGGAUCAACUGAGUCUUAAGUGUUAUCAGUGACUUUGUGUUUGUUUUUCAUUUUUAUGUCACAAGACCUGUAUUUAUUGAAAAGGCAAUUACACCAUAAUUCUUUGAAAAAUGCCAUAUCAUAAAGGACAGCACACAUUCAUUAAGUGUCUUAAAUUCCUUAAUACAUCUAAGAAUAAGGUCAGCCUCUAACAGCAAGUUCUCUCAAGUGAUUAGUAGUCAACCAUCAAGGGAUAGUUUAGAUUCACGGAUCGACGCAAAUCUGAUAUGUUCAUUUAUUUGAUAUGCAUGUCAUCAUUUACAUGUCGGAUCUGUUACCAUUUAAGUUUGUAAAAGACAUUUAUUUAUAAAAGCAAUUGUUCUUCCCCAGCAAAAUCUUUUUUUAAGUAGAAUAAAGUACAAUAUCUUCAUUGUCACUCUGCAUGUACAAACAAAUUAAGUGCUGUCCGUUCAAAAGUUAAAUGUAGUAAAAUACAUUAUAAGGUGAUAACAUCUAACAUGAAAUAUAUACUAAGACAUGAAAGACAAACACACACAGUUGCUACAUUCCACACGUUGCACAUUGCACAGUCCCUUUUCAGGCCCACCAUCCAACCCAAGCACCUCCUACCAACUCCAGUGUAGUUAUUGUGUGUGUAGUCCCAGUCUACUUGGACCAUUGUACUACCACAAUAUAAAGGAAAAAGCAGUAAGACUGUAGAUUUUAAGACGUAGGGUUGAUUAUAAUAAGAUAAAAUAAAAUGAAAUAGGUUGGUGGAAAUGCAAUAUCGCAGUAUGUUGCAAAAGAAGAAAUAUAUAUAUUUAAAUGAAUUUAAAUAAUUCAAAAUGACAGAAAAAGAUUAAAAACAUGAAAAAUCUUCUAGAUACAGUGAAGGUGCAGAUGUAAACAAGAACAAAAUUGUGUAGUGUCUUCAGUAUCUUCAUCAAAUCUUCAGAUCAUAACUAUUACAAUGUGACAUAAUUUUAUUGUCAUACUAAUAUAACUGUUUCAAAUGAAGAUCUGGCUUUGUACCAAGAUAUGCAGAAAUUGAUAUGCUGCAUCCUCACUAUUCAAAAAUAAGGUCCCACGUGUCAUUGUCAUAUUUUUAAGACCUGUAUAUAAACCUGAACUGUAUUUUAUUAAAGUUUCGUGUAAUUGUU